UAACAAAACCCUAAUUCUCUAAAUCCCCAAUUUCUUAAAAUUUUUUUUUUCUCUCUGUACUAGUCUUUUGUGAAGUGAGUUCGAUUUUCCUCUUCCAAAGACGAUCAUGGCUUCGUUGUUCCGCUCAGGCAGCUCUCCGUUCUGCACUUCAGCGAGACACUGACUCAGCGUGGUGCGACGGUGCGUCCGCUCGACGCCUUAGCUAUCUCAGCGUAGUGCGUUUUGCCACGCCGACUGCUCGUCUCUGAGUCAUCUAGUUACCUACUUGAGGUCUUGAGGUUAUCGCCGGCGGCAGAGAUGACGAGGUUUCGGGUCGGUGGGAAAGUGGUGGAUAGUGUGGAUUUGCUGAGGAAGAGGCACCGACUAUGGCGCUUGGACGUCUGGCCCUUCGUGUCUUUGUAUGUGUUGUGGCUACUUGUGGUUAUUCCUAGCUUGGAUUUCGUUGAUGCCUGUAUAGUUCUCGGUGGCAUCGCAGUUUCCCACAUUCUCGUGUUCCUCUUCACUGUUUGGUCCGUCAAUUUCAAAUGCUUUAUCAAGUAUUCUAAGGUUGAUGACAUUCAUCUUACUGAUGCCUGCAAAAUUACUCCAGCAAAAUUCUGUGGCUCUAAAGAAGUUGUGCCACUCUACCUUAGAAAGCUGGCAUCUUCAUCCACUGAAAAUGUGGAUGAGAUUUAUUUUGAUUUUAGGAAGCAACGAUUUAUCUAUUCAAAGGAGAAGGGAACAUUCUGUAAGCUUCCUUAUCCUUGCAAGGAAACAUUUGGAUACUAUCUUAAGAAUACUGGCCAUGGAACUGAAGCUAAAGUUGUUGCUGCUACUGAGAAAUGGGGCCGUAAUGUGUUUGAAUAUCCUCAGCCCACAUUUCAGAAAUUAAUGAAAGAACAAUGCAUGGAACCUUUUUUUGUAUUCCAGGUCUUUUGUGUGGGUUUAUGGUGUUUAGAUGAAUACUGGUACUAUAGUUUGUUCACCUUGUUUAUGCUGUUUAUGUUCGAGUCAACAAUGGCUAAGAGCCGUAUAAAGACUCUAUCUGAGCUUAGACGUGUAAGAGUUGAUAGUGAGACUUUGAUGGUGUAUCGCUGUGGCAAGUGGGUAAAAUUAUCUGGAACUGACCUAUUGCCUGGAGAUGUUGUGUCCAUUGGGCGUUCUGUUGGUCAAAGUGGAGAGGACAAGAAUGUGCCAGCUGACAUGCUUUUGCUAGCUGGAAGUGCUAUUGUGAAUGAAGCUAUACUGACUGGUGAAUCCACUCCCCAAUGGAAGGUUUCAAUCAUGGGUAGAGGAGCUGGUGAGAAAUUAUCAGCUAGACGAGACAAAGCUCACGUCCUUUUUGGUGGAACAAAGAUUUUGCAACACACACCAGAUAAGACACAUCAAAUGAAGACCCCUGAUGGUGGCUGCUUGGCUGUUGUUCUACGAACUGGGUUUGAGACUAGCCAAGGAAAAUUGAUGCGGACUAUAUUAUUUUCCACUGAGAGGGUAACUGCUAACAGCUGGGAAAGUGGACUAUUCAUUCUCUUUUUGGUCGUGUUUGCGCUAAUUGCAGCUGGCUAUGUUCUUAAGAAGGGGCUUGAGGACCCAACAAGAAGUAAAUACAAGCUGGUUCUCAGUUGUUCCCUGAUUAUUACUUCAGUCAUCCCCCCUGAGCUACCAAUGGAGCUAUCAAUAGCUGUUAAUACAUCUUUGAUUGCACUAGCACGACGUGGGAUAUUUUGCACUGAGCCAUUUCGAAUCCCAUUUGCCGGGAAGGUUGAUAUAUGUUGUUUUGAUAAGACUGGGACGUUGACAUCAGAUGACAUGGAAUUCUCUGGUGUUGGUGGGCUGACAGAUAGUGAAGACUUGGAAAGAGAUAUGAGUAAAGUCCCAAGACGAGCUCUGGAAAUUCUUGCCUCUUGCCAUGCAUUGGUUUUUGUUGAUAAUAAGCUGGUUGGUGAUCCUCUGGAGAAGGCUGCACUUAAGGGGAUUGAUUGGUCAUACAAAUCAGAUGAAAAAGCCAUGCCAAAAAAGGGUGGAGAUGAUGCUGUUCAAAUUGUGCAUAGGCACCAUUUUGCAUCUCACUUGAAGAGAAUGGCAGUGGUUGUUCGGAUGCAAGAGCAAUUUUUUGCCUUUGUAAAGGGUGCACCAGAAACAAUUCAGGAUAGACUUGUUGAUGUUCCACAUUUCUAUGUCCCUACCUACAAGAAAUACACCCGUCAAGGAUCACGAGUGUUGGCCCUGGCUUUUAAACCUCUUCCAGAGAUGACAGUUAGUGAAGCCAGAAGCCUGGAAAGAGACAUUGUGGAAAGUGGCCUUACUUUUGCUGGCUUUGCGGUAUUUAAUUGCCCCAUCAGAGUAGAUUCAGCUACUGUAUUGUCUGAGUUAAAAAAAUCAUCACAUGAUUUGGUUAUGAUUACUGGUGAUCAAGCUUUGACAGCUUGCCAUGUAGCUAGUCAAGUUCACAUCAUUUCCAAACCAGCAAUGAUUCUUAGCCGUGCAAAGAACAAUGAAAAAUAUGACUGGGUUUCGCCUGAUGAGACUGACAUAGUCAGUUACAGUGAGAAUGAAGUAGAAGCUCUUUCAGAAACUUAUGAUCUUUGUAUUGGAGGUGAAUGUGUUGAGAUGUUGCAGCAGACAUCAGCUACACUUAAAGUAAUUCCAUAUGUCAAGGUAUUUGCAAGGGUUGCCCCUGAGCAAAAGGAACUUAUUAUGACCACUUUUAAGUCUGUGGGAAGGAUAGCACUGAUGUGUGGUGAUGGAACUAACGAUGUUGGUGCCUUGAAGCAGGCACAUGUUGGAGUAGCUUUGUUGAAUGCAAUUCCGCCCUCUAAGGGUGAGAAAUCUGCAUCAUCUAAAAAUGAACCCCCAAAAAAUCCCAAGUCAAAGAAACUCAAGCCUGCAAUAGAGAAUGGAGAUGGUAGUGUGAAUAGUAGAGGUACUUCAAGGUCAGAAUCCACCAGUAGCCAAGCUGCUAACCGCCAUCUUACACCGGCAGAGAUGCAACGGGAGAAGUUGAAGAAACUCAUGGAUGAGCUAAAUGAGGGCGGUGAUGGUCAAGCCCCUAUUGUUAAACUUGGGGAUGCCUCAAUGGCAUCACCAUUCACUGCAAAGCAUGCUUCAGUAGCCCCUACCACAGACAUCAUCCGUCAAGGUCGCAGUACCCUAGUAACCACCCUCCAGAUGUUUAAAAUACUUGGACUUAACUGCCUUGCGACUGCCUAUGUAUUGAGUGUGAUGUACUUGGAUGGUGUGAAACUCGGUGACGUCCAGGCUACAAUCAGUGGGGUAUUUACUGCUGCGUUCUUUCUAUUCAUUUCGCAUGCUCGCCCACUUCAAAACCUUUCAGCUGAGCGCCCUCAUCCAAAUAUCUUCUGCGCCUAUGUUUUUCUCUCUCUUCUAGGGCAAUUUGCCGUUCACCUCUUUUUCUUGAUUUCUUCUGUCAAUGAAGCCAACAAAUACAUGCCAGAUGAAUGUAUCGAGCCAGACUCCGAUUUUCAUCCGAACCUUGUGAAUACGGUUUCAUACAUGGUGAGCAUGAUGCUGCAGGUGGCUACCUUUGCGGUGAACUACAUGGGCCGUCCUUUCAACCAGAGCAUAUCAGAAAACAAACCAUUUCUUUACGCCCUGUUGGGUGCUGUUGGUUUUUUCACUGUUAUCACCUCUGAUUUAUUCAGGAACUUGAAUGACUGGUUGAAGUUAGUCCCGUUGCCAACAGGAUUGAGAGAUAAGUUGUUGGUCUGGGCAGUUCUCAUGUUCCUGUCUUGCUACUCGUGGGAACGAUUGUUGAGGUGGGCCUUCCCGGGGAAGAUGCCAGCCUGGAAGCACCGACAAAGGCGUGCUGCAGCAAGUCUAGAAAAGAAGAAGCUCUAGAUUUGAUUUGUAAUGAAUCACGGCACAGUUUAGACUGAGAUCAAUUCAGUAGUCUGAUAGAAUACAAGAAAUUCUCUCAUUAUUUGAUGACUUUGUAUUUUGUGCUAUUUGGUGGCAGCUAUCAUAUAAGCUUUACUGGAAAAUUUUGAUUGUAUCUUCCCCAUUUUUUUGCAGAACAAAUAGUGGAAAUUAUAUGUAGCACCCCAUCUGCUUUUGAAGGACACAGGAAGUAACUUUUUGAAGGUGCUAAUUAAUUGUUUCUUGUUUU